AUGCAUUUUUGCUCAAGAAGGAGGCAGAUAUGGAAGCGCAGCUUUCUGAAUUCUCCCUCAGGAUCAACAUUGCGCGUACAGGCUGCCAUUUACGUAUCACUUGCAGCCAAUGUCGUGCUUGCUAUUGUAAAAAUCUACGCGGCUUUCACCAGUGGCUCGCUUGCUGUGUUGUCGUCUCUGGUAGACUCUAUUCUAGACCUUGCGUCUCAAGGUCUCUUUUGGUACUCGGACAAGCGGAUGCAUACACCGAGCGUCAAGUAUCCGGCUGGUAGACGCCGUCUGGAGCCUAUUGCAGUGAUUGUAUCUGCUACUCUCAUGGGCAUGGCAGCGAUUGAAGUGAUCCAGCAGUCGGUGAAGGCUCUCGUCAAGGGAUUCAACGGCAAGCAGCGGGAGCUGGACAUUUCGACCUUUAUGAUGGCCGUACUGCUUCUUGCGAUUGUAAUCAAACUUAUGCUGUGGUAUAUCUGCGCAAAGAUUGCGUCGCACUCACCUUCAGCUGAUGCUCUGGCACAGGACCACCGUAACGACGUCUUCAGCAACACCGUCGCGGUUGCAGCUGCUUUUGCCGCUCACUGGCACUCUAGUCUCUGGUACCUCGACUCGAUUGGUGCUAUCGUGAUCUCUGUGUAUAUCGCUGUCAGCUGGUUAGCAACAGGAAAGGAGCAAGUGGAGCGACUCGUUGGCCUGCAGGCCGACCAAGCGUUUAUCGACCAAAUUCGCCUGCUAGGUGAUGUUCACCACCCGUUAAUGAGGACAGACAUUGUGCGAGCGUACCAUUUUGGUAACAACUAUCUGGUCGAGAUGGAAGUCAUUUUGCCUGAAGAUAUGUGCGUUAAGGACGCCCAUGAUAUCAGUCUCAGCUUACAGGACAAAGUAGAGGAGCUAGACAAUGUAGAGCGUGCGUUUGUGCACGUGGACUAUCUAGAGCGCAACUAUGACGAGCAUAAGGAUCCCACCAUUCGUCGUGAUUCAUCGUAA